AUGGAUGAAAGUAAGCAAGAUCCAGCCAUAAGUCCAUCAGGUGAAGAUGCAAACAUAGUGUCUGAAGAUCCUCAAGAAUUAAUGAGGAAUGUUGAAGAACAUUUGGAUCAGGAAGAAAUGAUGAAGUCAGAGAGUUUAACCCAACCUUCCUCUGACCCUGCAAAUGCUGUAGAGACUGAAAGAAUUUCAACUCCUGAAGAGACUGGGCAGCUCAGUAAUAAUAACAUGAAUGGAAAUGAAAGCACUGUAAAAGCAAUUGACAGUACUGAUCAGCAGAAUGAAAUGGUCUUUGAAGGUGUAGACUCAAUAGUUGACGAACAACACUUACAUUCUCCAACACUUGAUGGUGAAACACAUUCAGAUGAAUCUAAGGAAAAUACACAAGAUAAUGAACUUGGACGGCAGAUGAAAGAUGAAGAUCAAUCUGAUCAGGUUAAACCAGAAGACCAAGGUCCAGCACCAACCCCAAUUAUUGAUCAGCUUCAAACUUCCCGUGAAAAUCUUCCAGAAGCAGAGAGAGCCAAAAUUUCUAUGAACACAGGACAGUUAACAAAGGAUGAUUUAGGAUUGCUUGGUCUUAAAACAGAGGGACAAGGGCGGAUUGCUUCAGCUCCCGCAAGAUUGGCUCCUGAUAUAUUUUGCCAAGAUGAAAUAAUACACCAAGAUAUAUGCCGCUGUGCAGUGGCAGUUGGAGCAGAUGAUACUAUAGCAGAAUGUCCACCAGAGACUUCUUUGGUUGAUACUGCAGUUUGUGACACUGUUUUUGAGGAACACUCCUACAUUAAACAAAAUUCUUUGGGCCAUUCUAACCACAUUUCGUGUAUAGCUGUAUGUGGCAACAGGAGAUGGGUAGCAACAGCAGACCAAAGCCCAGAGAGUUUAGUCAUUGUAUGGGACACUUUCUCAGGUAUACCUGUACAAACACUCUUUGACUGUCACCCAGAGGGUGGAAUUGGAGCCUUAGCUAUGUCUCAUGAUGCCAAGUAUCUUGCAACAGUUGGGACAGGAUCAAUUCAGCGAGUAUCUAUAUGGGACUGGAGUUCAGAAAAUAAAGAACCACUUUGUUCUGUGGACCUGAGUCCUGCCUUUGACCCUCAGACAUUUAUAGUAUUUAAUCCUGAAGAUAAUACUGAGUUGCUCAGCAAUAAUAAAACUGAGGUUGUAUUCUAUAGUUGGAAAGAGAACCAGCUGGAAUUUGCAUCACCAAUUCUUACAGAUGAAACAUUUGACAAGGUUGUGGGACUCUACAGUCAAUCAGUUUUCCAUCUUGUCCCUUCACAAGUACUCACUGCUACUUCUGCAGGGAAUUUGGUUAUCUGGGACACUGUGGGUACAACUCAAAUUCAAUUUGAUACUAUGAGAUCAUACAAGAAAAAACCUCUUAAACUGGUGAAUUUACAGAAUGAUAGUAUUACAGUGGUCACUGUAACUGACAGGUACAUAGUGACUUGUGAUGUCAAAGGUUGCAUCAAGUUUUACGAUGAAGAGCUUUGCUUACUUAAUUGGUAUAGUAACUUAAACCUGGGACCCAUCCAUUCAAUUUCCUUCUCCAGUCAACCAGCUCCCAAAGUCAAUGAGAAAACCUCUUACCCAUCAGAGUCUACCAUCAAUGCUGAACAAUUUGUUGUCAGAAACUUUGUUGUAGCUACAGUUGAUGCUACAGUGGCUCAUGUAACUGGAGAUGGGUGCAAACUUGAAAUGUUAUUGCAGGAGCACAGUGCAGCAUUACAUGCCAUAGCAUGUCAUCCCUCUCAGCCGCUCAUCUGUAUGGGAAGCUAUUGUGGACUUUUGAAGGUCUGGGACUAUGAGAAGAAGAAACCUAUUUGCAGCAGGCUCUUUGGAACUGGGAGUUAUAUUCAGUGUGUGACCUAUAAUAAAACAGGUUCACUGUUGGGAGUUGGACUUACUGAUGGAUGUGUUCACAUCCUUGAUGCGCUUUCCCUGAACGAUGAAUGCUCGGAACCUUUCCACUAUGCCAAAGAUGCUAUUACUGACAUUUCCUUCUCGCAUGACUCAAGUUACCUAGCAACAGUUGAUAGUAAAACCACAGUGACAGUGUUUUAUUUCCUCAAGAAGUCUUGGAUGUAUUUAGGAAGGCAAAAUUCGCACUUUAAACCAAUUAAAUCUCUCAUGUUUGGGAUAUAUUUGGAUAGUAACCAACCCAGACUAUUGUCUCUUGGAGAGGACAGGGUACUGGUAGAGUAUGAUCUAGCUAGUAGUACUGAGGAUGAUCUGCGGAUCUUGGGUAGUGAUAGAAUAGAACAGAGUGCUAUACCUACGUGCAUGACCUGGUACCCACCUAUCACUAAAGAGAGCUUCAUUAUCACAGCCAACAACCAGUAUAAACUAAAACUCCACAACGCCACUACCAAAAUGUGCAGGAAGACAGUAUUAAGUCCAAUUUAUGGAUCUCCUCUAAGGAAGAUAGAGAUCCUACCUUUCUCAAGCAGCAGUGAACCUAACAUUGGUUAUUUAGCCUACAUCACAGAUGACAAGGUGGGUUUACAAACCCUGCCACUAGAUGGAAACCCCCACAAAUCCUGUGCACUCAUCUGCCAUGGAAGUAUGGUGUCCAACAUUGCCUGUUCUUAUGAUGGUCGUUAUAUUUUCACAGCAGGAGGAGAUGAUUGUACUGUACAUAUGUGGAAAGUUGAUCUGGUGGCUCAUGAAGCAGUCACUGCACUUGGAGGCGAGGAUUUGAUACCAUUUUAUGGUUUAUUGGAAGGUGGAAGAGAUGGAGAAUUGUUUAGGGAGAUGGAGAACUAUUUCUAUUACUCACAAUUGCGUUAUCAGCAUAUCAGCACAAUGGAGACCAGAGUGGUCUCAACUCAUAUUCCACUGCAGGAAAUUCCAUUUAUGAUGAGGGCACUGGGAUUCUAUCCAACAGAGAAAGAGAUUGAGGACAUGCUGAAUGAGGUGAAGUUCAGUAAAUACGUGGAUAUGGGAAAAUAUGUAACAGAUAUAGAUUUAGGUGAAUUCAUUAAACUGUAUAUAAACCAUCGACCAGCUUUUGGUAUAUCUGCUUCUGAGCUGCAGCAUACAUUUGAUGUUCUUGGUUAUGAAAAUGAGAAUGGAGAAAAAGCAAUUGCCUUAGGAGAAUUACUACAACUGUUGCAAACUAGAGGUGAAUGUAUGUCCGAGGAAGAAGUUGCAGAAACUCUCUCCACAUUAUUGGGCUUGAAUCCAGAGGGAGGAAGUUCUGAAUUUGAAGUCUUUAAUGCCAAAGAUACAUCAAAAUUGCUCAAACAGCAACUUCCGCAGGCGAUCACAAGUGAGCUUUUUAUAUAUGAUAUGUUGGGGUUUCCACGCAAUUUAUCUACAUUCCCUUGUGAUGAGAUGAUGACCACACCUGCAGCUCCAUUGACAUAA